AUGCUGAUAUGGUCGCUCAUGCAACAGAAGGAAUGUCAUACCCAUUCACUUGCUGUUUCCAAUACCACUGCUGGCACUGGAAAAGGAUACGACUCAAAUGAUCUAGUCAUCCGUCACCCGUCCAAUCCAAAAUUGAUGAAGAUAUAUGGCAGGGCGGACGAUCAACUCAUGCAUUCCACAGGGGAAAAGACAAACCCAGUGCCUAUCGGUUGGUUCUAUGAAUACCCCCCGUUCACUGUGGGCUGGCCGACGAUCGAAGAAGCCAACAAGAUUGCGCCUUCUCACUCGAGGAUAUUUAAACAAAUGGUUCUGGUGUCUAGCCCAGCGAAACCGUUUGAAUUUACAGCUAAGGGGACGCCAAGGCGGCACAUCAUCAUUGAUGCCUAUGCUAAUGAAAUUGGCGCGGCAUACGAUCAACUUGAAGAAGCUUCGGAAGAAGACAUCCCUUUGCCCGAUUUAUCCAGUGGAGGAGACUGUUUAAGCUUCGUUCGAACGGUUGUUGCAAAGGUAAUGAGGCGAACCCCUGCAGACGAUGAUGAUAUUUUCCAGAAUGGAUGCGAUAGUUUGCAAGCUACAUGGAUCCGUAACUCUCUCUUGCGAUCACUCAGUACAGUCGACAAUGACACCAUCAAGUCCAUGCCGGUCAACUUCGUUUACCUACACCCCUCGAUUCGACGUUUGGCGAUAUACAUAACGAAUUUGACGAAUCACUCAUCCGAUUCUGAGGCUCAACGAACGGAAGACACUACAUCGGAGAUGGAAGCAAUGGUCGAAAAAUACUCCCGAGACUAUCCAGCGCAUAAUCCCUCCCCCGAGUACGGCCACGGGGAAGCCGUACUUCUUACUGGAAGUACCGGGGCCUUGGGGUCUUAUAUUCUGGAACUCCUCCUACUCGACGAUUCUGUGCGCAAGGUUUACGCGCUGAAUAGGAAGGAGAGCAGUUCUUCUAGAACAGUUAAAGACCGACAGAAGGUUGCUUUCGUGGACAGGGGAUUGAACAUCAAUUUGUUGGAAUCCCAGAAGCUGAUCUUCGUCGAAGGCGAUGCAGGAUCUAUUCACAACUUGGACGCAGAAUUGCUCAACAUUAUGCGGAAAGACAUAACUUGUAUCAUGCACAAUGCCUGGAGAGUAGAUUUCAAUGUAGCAUUGUCGUCAAUGGAGCCGUUGGUGGCCGGCACUCGUCGGCUGAUCGACUUCGCACUUCAAUCAGCCCGAGCAAUGCCUCCAAGCAUUCUCUUCGUCAGUUCCAUUGGCGUUGCUAGGAAUUAUCCACACGGAAUAGCCCCGGAGGAGGCUCUCCUUGAUCCAGCUUUUGCCAUCGGCUCGGGCUACCCUGAAUCAAAGUGGGUUGCUGAACGAGUCCUACAUAAAGCUGCAGAAAGUACCCCGCUCAAGACAACGAUCGUCCGGAUUGGGCAGAUGAGCGGGAGUUACGUUAACGGAUGCUGGAACACGCAUGAAUGGGUGCCCAGCAUCGUCAAAUCAGGGAUAACGUUAGGAUGUUUGCCGGAGUCUGACGGGGUUGUUUCGUGGAUACCGGUCGACAUCGCCGCCUCCGCGAUCAAAGAAAUGGCGCUGAUCAACCCACCCAUCACUGAAGCAUCUGCGCGAUACUUGCAUAUAGUUCACCCUUGUCCCAUUCAGUGGAAUGAUAUCAUGACGAUAAUAUCGCGCAAAAUGGGUGUCCAGCUGCUUCCCUACGCCACUUGGUUGGGCCGCCUACAAGUAUCCAGCGACACGUCAAAUGCGGCAGAUGAGAACACAAACCCUGCCUUGCGCCUCCUUGACUUCUAUCAAUCUGCGUUGGAAAAGCCUUUGUUAAGCGCAGAUGCUGAAGCAUUCGGAUUUCCAAGGUUGGCGACGGUAGAUGCAGUGCGAGUUGCACCUUCAUUGAGGGUAAUGGACCCAUUGGACAACGGUAGCGGAGGAACAUUGCGGGUAUUGGGUGAAGCGGAUAUUGAUGGCUGGCUAGCCUAUUGGAAAGCCGUAGGGUUUAUAUGA